AAAGAAAUCAAACAAUCUUAGAGGACAUAUGUGCACAUUAAAUAAUGAUAUUACGUCAAAGAACAGCUGAUCAAGGAAAUCCCUUCCCACUUCAUCGUAAUAUUUUGAUUUUUUGUACUAGUUGACCAUGUUAUCAUUAUUAUCAGAACCAUUUAUUAACAAUUUGUAACUGCGACAAAACUAAAAAGCAAGAAUAAAAAUUUAGUGGAUGCACUUCGACGCCUAUUAUUAAUUAGUUAUUGUUUUCAAAAGAUUUGCAAUAUAAAAUAUUUCUAUUCAAUGUCAAGUCUGAUAGAUGUUUGUGCUGAUCAUUUUAAUCUAUUAUAGUAUAUAAAGUAAUCAAUUUAUUACUACCAAAACUGUGUUAGUUGGAAUUUUUUAUUGCAUGCAAAAUGGGAGCAAAGGCCAGUACGGCCAAUGGUGAUGAAAGUGGUGGAAGUCAUGCUGAUAGGUCAUUCACAACAGGCAGUGGCCCAAAUACUAUGCAUACUGCUGGAAAUCCUGGAUUUAGUAUAUUACGUUCCUUACCUAGUGCUGUUGCAAAUGAUAGACAACGUGCCAGAUCAUUAUCAAGUGUGCCAGAUGGUCACGAUACUAAUAGCAAUUCAACGAGUUCUCGGUUUGAAAUUAGUGAUGUUUUAGAAGCAGAUAGUAGCUCAAAUGAUGAUCAAAAUAUGGAUAGUCCUACUGUUACUGCUAAUAUAAGUCUAGGACGUGUAUACUCAGCACAUUCAUUGCCAGGCCACAUAUGGUCUUUUAAUGGAAUUAAGUGUCCUGUUUGUUCAAAAUUUGUAUUGCCGGAUGAGAUUGAAAUACAUCUUGUCAUGUGUCUGACAAAACCUAGACUGAUAUACAAUGAAGACGUUUUAAAAGAUGAUAAAGGCGAAUGUGUAAUAUGUUUGGAAGAACUUACUCAAGGAGAUACAAUUGCUAGGCUUCCAUGCCUCUGCAUAUAUCACAAAACCUGUAUUGAUCGAUGGUUUGAUGUAAAUAGAUCAUGCCCAGAACACCCAGGAGAUUAAUCUUUGGAAAGAACUUCUUUGAACAAAGCUGAAUUUUAAGUUUUAAUUUGUAACGAUUACCAUGUUAUAAAAUACUGAAAUAGUAUCAAUUUUAAGAUUUAAAUUAUAUAAUAAGCUCGAAAAUGGUUAUCACUCUCAAGUCUCUCCUUUUAAAAAUUGGUUUAUUGAUGCUAGUAUCAAAUAUGAAUAGUUCACACUCAAUCAAUCAAUCAGUUUACAAAUUUUAUUCAUUGAACCUAAUAACAUUCAAAUUUUAUGAAGGUGUAAUUCAAUCAACUCUUGUUUUUUUUACUUUUAUUUCUAUUGUCUUAUAAAUUUUAUGAAAACUUUAUUAGUAUAAACUUCCGCAAUAUAUUAUAAAAGUAUCAAAAAUAAUUAUAUAGUUAUAUGUUUGACAUGUUACAAAAUAAUUACAGUUGUACAUAUCAUUUUUAUUUACCUGCUUAUAUGUGAAAUAUUUUUUAUUUUCUUGUUAAUUUUUAAAUUUUAUAAUAAACAGAUAUUAAAUUGUAUACUUUCUUCCUUAAAAGUGAUAAUAUUGAAAUUUAAUUUUUGUUUAUGUCUUUUAUUUAACUAAAAUAAAACAUGUCUUGUAUUAAUGAAAUUUCAAUUUAUGCACUUAUUGAUACUAUUAAUAAUUUUACCAAACGUUUAUUUAAAUAUUUCUUAAAAUUAUUUUGUCCAUUGUUUGUUAGUUAAUUUUCGUCUUAUCUUAAACAGAGAUAGACUCAAUGUUUUGUUUAUAUAAAAACAUGAUUUGAUACAUUGUAACUUGUUUUGUUUUGUUUUAUAAAUUAUUGUUAA